AAAAUUGGCGAAACAAAUUUGAAAAGGAAAAUAGUUUAAUAAAUAAAACUAUUUGCAUUUCUUCACCAGAUGAUGAUAAACAAACAGUCAAAAAACGCAAAAGAAACAAUGAAAUAAAACAGAGAAAACCAUCUAAAUACUUUAAAGAAUGUCCAGAUAUACAUAUUCGACAAGCUGACAUAGCUUUAAAUAAUAAACAAAAAACAUCGAUUAAAAACAUUGAUAAAAAAUUUUUACAAAAUGGAAGCAAAUUUCCCAAGCCACUGGAAAUCAAAAACCAAAAAUACAUCAUCACUAAUACUUCUACCUUUGAUACGAUUGUUCAAAUAUUAACAAUAGGUUCAGCAGAGUCGCCAAUAUACUUUCAACAUAUGGAAAUCUCUGAAAAUUUGACUUGUAAAUUCAUUUUGUCAUUUCUUAACUCUGAAAAAGUGAAUGACAUUAUAUACAUUAAAAGAUGCUCCAUUUUAAAAGAAUUUAUUGACCCGGAUAGUCUGAAAACCGAACGUAUUAGAAUAGGUGUAAAAUCGCAAAAUGUGUUACAUUCGGUGAGUUGUCAUUCAAAUAUUUUAAAUAUGUGGAAUUUUCUCAUGACAAAUGAACCAAGUGUUUUCAGAAUUUCGAAAUGUUUAUGUAAUUACCAAAAAGUCGAAAACAUUCCUCAUUUACGCAUUAAUAAAAAAAAUAUAUUAAAACACGGUUACAAAACAUUACAAAAAAAUAUAAUAUAUGAAGGAAUUUCUACUAGCAAAUGUGAAAAUGAAAAAUGUGAUCUUCUUUCUUUGUCAGUACAAAUAAAAUACAAUAAGCACAUUAUCAUUGACACUGAGAUCAAUAAAGCUGAAGAUGAAGAGAAAUUGCUUACUUGUAAAGUUCAUGAUUUUCCAGUCUACUUAACUUUACUCGAAGAAACCUACAGACUAACUGGAAUAAUACAUCGCAAUUUAGAAAAUCAACAUAUAGCUUUAUGUCGAAGAUUAAACGGAAAUUGGGCGAGAUAUAACAACUUCGAAAAAAAAAUUCAUCCAUUUACUGCAAAGGAUUAUAAUACAGGAUAUACAACAUCAGCAGCAGUAUACAUUAGAGUAUAGA